AUGGUAAGGUCACAGCAUGUCACGUGCGUGUUCCCUUGGGGCAUUCUCGAACAAGCUAAGGGUGCGGCAGGGCGGGAAAUCAGUGCGCCCCGGGCCUCUGAGCUCAGCGAUGCGCGGUCCGCCGCCAGGGGGCGCACGGAAGUCCGCACCGAGCCCAAGCGCCUGCGCGCGUGGCCUUGUCACGUGGUCCAUCGUGGGAGAAAGGAGGGGGGUCGCUCCUUAACGCACAGCUGGCCGGUCACGUGCCUCUGCCGUCACGUGCCCGACGAAGUGGGACCCAAGUGGGCACUGAGUGCCGGGGCGGUGCGGAGGGGUCAUUCCCCCUUGCAUGCCACAGGUCACACCUUAGUCACCUCAGCUCCAGUGCCUGCGGAGGUGACUCUCCACCCCUGUUGGGCCUCUCUGUACCACGGCUUCUUCACUGCCCACAGCCGGCUGACCAUGGGUGUGAGGUGGCCGUCCUGCUCCGGAACCCUGCCCCAGCCCCUGUUGGGGGCCUGCGCCUUCACCCUCUUGGCUACGGCUGCCCUCCUGGGGCACAUUCUGCUGUGCGACUUCACCACAGUUCCCCGAGAACUGGAGAAGACUGACCAAGUUGGCAGCCGAAGGCCCCAGCGCCUUCCAGAGUACUAUAGCAACCUCAGGCCAGCGCCCGCACAAUGUGACGUGCCCCCCAACAGCCGCUUUGACUGCGCCCCCGAGUCGGCCAUCACCCAGGAACAGUGUGAGGCCCGCGGCUGCUGCUACAUCCCUGCACGACCAGGCCCCGGGGGCCCCCCGAUGGGACAGCCCUGGUGUUUCUUCCCCCCCAGCUACCCUAGCUACAGGCUAGAGAACCUCACAACCACAGCCCUGGGCUACACGGCCAUCCUGACUCGCACAGCCCCUACCUUCUUUCCCAAGGACAUCCUGACCCUCCAGCUCGAAGUACAGAUGGAGACCGAGAGCCGCCUGCACUUCACGAUCAAAGACCCCGCUAACACGCGAUAUGAGGUCCCUCUGAAGACACCACGUGUGCACAGCCAGGCCCCGGCCCUGCUCUACAGUGUGGAGUUCUGGAAGGACCCCUUUGGCCUGAUAGUGCGCCGGAAGCUGGACGGUCGGGUGCUGCUGAACACCACGGUGGCACCCCUGUUCUUUGCUGAUCAGUUUCUGCAGCUGUCCACCACCCUGCCCUCGCCAUAUGUGGUAGGGCUUGCCGAGCACCUCAGCCCCCUGAUUCUCAGCACCAGCUGGACCAAGAUCACCCUCUGGAAUCGGGACAUGGCCCCUAAGCCCGGUGCAAACCUCUAUGGCUCCCACCCUUUCUACCUGGUGCUGGAGGAUGGGGGUGCGGCCCACGGGGUGUUCCUGCUGAACAGUAAUGCCCUGGAUGUGGUCCUGCAGCCGAGCCCAGCCCUCAGCUGGAGGGCCACAGGAGGGAUCCUGGACAUGUACGUCUUCCUGGGGCCCGAGCCCAAGAGUGUGGUGCAGCAGUACCUGGCCAUCGUGGGACACCCGGCGAUGCCGCCUUACUGGGCCCUGGGCUUCCACCUCUGCCGUUGGGGCUACUCCUCCACUGACAUCAUCCGCCAGGUGGUGCAGAACAUGACCCAGGCCCACUUCCCCCUGGACGUCCAGUGGAACGACUUGGACUACAUGGAUGGCAGGAGGGACUUCACCUUCAACACGGAUGGUUUCAGGGACUUCCCGGACAUGGUAGAGGAGUUGCACCGGGCUGGCCGGCGUUACGUCAUGCUUGUCGAUCCCGCCAUCAGCAGCGUGGGACCCCCCGGGAGCUAUCGACCCUACGAUGAGGGUCUGAGGAGGGGGGUCUUCAUCACCAAUGACACUGGGCAGCCGCUGAUUGGGAAGGUGUGGCCCGGAGCCUCCGCCUUCCCCGACUUCACCAACCCUGAGACCCAGAGUUGGUGGCAAGACAUGGUGGUAGAGUUCCAUAGCCAGGUGCCCUUUGAUGGCAUGUGGAUUGACAUGAACGAGCCGUCCAACUUUGUAAAGGGCUCUGAGGUCGGCUGUCCAGACAACGAGCUGGAGAACCCGCCCUACGUGCCAGGUGUGGUUGGUGGGAGUCUCAGGGCAGCCACCAUCUGUGCCUCCAGCCACCAACACCUGUCCUCACAUUACAACCUGCACAAUCUGUAUGGCCUGACAGAGGCCAUCGCCUCCAGCAGGGCUCUGCUGAUGGCUCGAGGGACACGCCCCUUCGUGAUUUCCCGCUCCACCUUUGCCAGCCACGGCCAAUAUGCUGGCCACUGGACUGGAGACGUGUGGAGCAGCUGGGAGCAGCUGGCCUUCUCAGUGCCAGAAACCCUGCUUUUCAAUCUACUGGGUGUGCCCCUGGUGGGGGCCGACAUCUGCGGCUUCCUGGGCAACACCUCCGAGGAGCUGUGCGUGCGCUGGACCCAGCUGGGGGCCUUCUACCCGUUCAUGCGGAACCACAAUGACCAUGACAGCAUGCCUCAGGAGCCUUACAGGUUCAGCGAGUCGGCGCAGCGAGCCAUGAGGAAGGCAUUCGCCCUGCGCUAUGCGCUCCUCCCCUACCUCUACACGCUGUUUCACCGGGCCCACGUCAUGGCGGAGACAGUGGCCCGGCCCCUCUUCCUGGAAUUCCCCCAGGACCCCCACACUUGGACUGUGGACCGUCAGCUGCUAUGGGGGGAAGCCCUCCUCAUCACACCGGUGCUGGAGGCUGGCAAGACUGAGGUGACCGGCUACUUCCCCUCGGGCACAUGGUACAACCUGCAGACGGUGCCUGUGGAGGCCCUGGGCAGCCUCCCACCUCCGCCUCCCACCCCCCUCACCUCAGCCAUCCACAGCGAGGGACAGUGGGUGACGUUGCCCGCUCCCCUGGACACCAUCAACCUCCACCUGCGUGCUGGCUACAUUGUGCCCCUGCAGGGUCCUGGCCUCACCACCACAGAGUCUCGCAAGCAGCCCCUGGCCCUGGUGGUAGCUCUGAGCACCAGCGGUGAGGCCCGAGGGACACUCUUCUGGGAUGAUGGGGAGAGCCUGGACACAUUAGAACGUGGGGACUACACCCUUGUUGUCUUCCUGGCCAAGAACAACACCAUCACGAACAAGCUGGUGCACGUGGCCAGCGAGGGGGCCGACUUGCAGCUGAGCAAGGUGACCAUCCUGGGUGUGGCCACUGCACCGCAGCAAGUCCUUGCCAACAGCGUGCCCGUGUCCGACUUCACCUACAGCCCGGACACCAAGAUCCUCGCUGUCCCUGUCUCCUUCUCACUGGGGAAACAAUUUCUCGUCAGUUGGUCCUAA